AUGCAGUUCACACAACUCGCUCUCGUUGUUGCGUCCAUGGCGGCCAGCAGCAUGGCCCAAUACAUUCCCCGCUCUUGCAAUGAGAUCUUCGGCAACUCUGGCUAUAUCUGUAACCGCGACGGCUCUGAAGUACAAUACUGCGACUUCAAUUCAAGCCCCGUCCAGGUCACAAGCGAAUACUGCGGCUUCAACGAUUGCUGGCAGUCCCAAGGCCAGGGAGUCAAGAACGACCCGAAUGAAUUGUCCUGCUACUAUGGCCGACAAUACAACCCAGCCAACCGAGCCCGUGGCCCCACUUCAUGCGAACAAGUCAAGGGCUUCGGCUACAUCUGCAGUCCUGACUAUCGCACACUCCAAUUCUGCGGAGGUGGUGGAGGCAGAUUCAACAGAUUCGGCCCCCCUCAGCCUCAGGACUGGAACUAUUGCGGCGAGCCAACCUGUUUCGCAAGCAGCACUGGCAGUCAAGGAGAAUGCAUUCAGCCACAAUUCAACAACUUUGGCCGUGGACGCAACUGA